CUCUGAACAAUCGAAAUCAGUAAAGCAAGGAACGGGCAUUGGUUAAUCGCAGAGUUCUUUUUCGUCCAGCUAAUUUUCUUGAGGUACAGAUUAAAGAUCUUCACUUAAUGAUGUCCGUCCGUAACGUUACCAGUGGUGGUGAAGCGACUUCGGACGACGUCGUGCUUGCCUCGAUUUUACUUUCUGUCUUAAUCGUUGGAACCAUAUUUGGUAACACCCUUGUAUGCUUAGCUUUCUACCUUUUCCGUGAUCUUCGGUCUGUUACGAAUUAUUUCGUCGUAUCUCUCGCCGUUGCAGAUUUGUUGGUCGGAUUUGUGUCUAUGCCACUUUGGUUUACUACUUUGACAUUUCAAUGGCCUUCUCCAAAAUCAACAUCAGGACUUUACAUUCUGUGGCUGUGUUUAGACAUUGCUACUUCAACGGCAUCUAUUGUGAACCUUACUGCAAUUAGUAUCGAUCGGUUUUACGCGAUUACUUCGCCAUUCAAGUACCCUGUAAAUGUAACUAAGAAACGUGUAUUGGUUUGUAUUUUCUUGGUAUGGUUGUAUGCUUUAGCAGUGUCGGUAAUUAGAGCAACUCCUUUGUUUGGUAAGUGGUACACCUUUUUCAUCGCAAGUGCCAGUUUUUUCAUUCCUCUUCCUGUCAUGAUUUUCUGUUAUGUUUGUAUAUUCCGCGUUGCCAGAAUUCAAGCCGUUAAAAUAAGAAAGCUUGACACUAUAAAUGCUCAAAUUAUCGAACUGAACAAAAAAUUAGACAAAGAAACAAACGGUGAUCUAGAAACUUUAUGUACAACGACAAAGAAAGGAAGACCUAUUCUUAAAACCCAGAUUUCGUUCUACAGGCAGCGUAGAGCACUUAGCUCAGAAAUCAAGGCAGCAAAGACGUUGGCUAUCGUAAUGGGAGCUUUUAUUUUUUGCUGGGGACCUUACAUCAUAACGCUGCUGGUGGACAGAUCUUGCCCACUUUGUAUUCCAAGGUCAAGACUUGGCACUUUGGCUCGGAUAGUAAAGUGGCUCCAUUACUCGAAUUCGUCUCUUAAUCCAAUUAUCUAUACUCUUUUAAAUCGUACUUUCCGCAAUGCUUUUAGGCGAGUUUUGUGCCGAUCUUGUAGACGGAAUGAUGGUUCGCCCUCCCGGACCCACCAAAUUACUAUUCGAAGCUUACAACACUGUGGUCUUAAAUCCUGUCACAGGCCAGGAGCCGUCAGUGAGAUAGGCGAGGCACUCGAAUGUAAUGAAUGGCUCACAGUUGUAUAAACCAAUCUGUAGCGAACGCAUAUAGCUGAUACUAUAGCGACCCAUUAUACUCUGAUAAGGCAAAGUACUUUUGAUGAUGUACUUCAAAUAAAUUCCGCAAAGCCCCCGCAGAAACCCUUUAUUAAAAAACACCUAAAUAGCU